AUGAAGAUUUCUCAACAUCGAUUAACGAUCAGAUUAGAAAGAAACAAUCAAUUGUUACCAACUAACUAUCGCCAUAUUUACCAGAAUGCCCAAGGCAAUUUAGUCCAUCAUAAGAAUAGCAAUACGGCAGCGGAUCCACAUUGCUAUUAUCAUGGUCUAGAAAAUAACGAUCCGCAUAAUUACGCCAUCUUAAGUAGCUGCCAUGGAUUACAAGGUAUAUUUUCAUUUCAAGGGGAAAUUUUUCGAAUACAACCUUCAAAUCCACAAAGCACAAGUUUAAAUAGUCUACAUGUCGUCUCCAAAUUAAAUCACUUGAACCAUUACCAUCGAAUUACUCGCUCUAUAUGCAAUAUAGAAGAGGCAGAUACAUCAUCUCUAGUAGGUAAAGAAAUCAAUUGGAAACCCGACUUAUGGCGACAAAGACGUAUCUUGAACGUUAAUACCAUGUACAUAGAGCUGGUGAUUGUUAAUGAUUAUCAACAGGUUCAAAAAUUCAAAGGCAAUUUAACUGCUUUGGAAGAAAAUAUCUUUCAGAUCGUCAAUCACCUUGAUAGUAUCUAUAAAUCCGUCAAUAUACGCAUUGGAUUAACCGGUAUUGUUAGUUGGAAUAUUAAAAAUCCAAUUACUGUCACUAAUGAAGCUCGUAGGACCUUGGAUAACUUUGCCACUUACAAGAUCAACACCUUAUCCAAAUUAUUUAAUCUCGACAAUGCACAACUGUUAACGGGAUUAUCAUUAAAUCAACAUUCAGGCUUAGCUUAUAUUUCGACGAUUUGUUCGCCUCAAUCAGUUGGCGUAGUCCAGUCUUAUGACGAUAAUUUUGACGCAACGGUGACGGUUAUUGCUCAUGAACUUGGCCAUAACUUAGGCAUGAGACAUGAUAAUAAUGAUGUAUGCCAUUGCCAGUUUAAACCUGAUCAUGCAUAUCGCUGCAUCAUGUCGAGUGCAUUAACAGAACCUCCACCCCAAACAUUUUCCUCCUGUAGUCUUGAUCAACUAAAUAUAACUAUUCAACAAGGGAAGGUAGACUGUUUAUUCAACAAACCGAUACAGGUAAUAACUCCGCCACGAUGCGGUAAUGGCCUACAAGAAAAUGGGGAAGAAUGUGAUUGUGGCUCUUUGCAAGAAUGCGCUAAUUCUUGUUGUAAUGCAACAACUUGUAAAUUAUAUGAUGGGGUUCAAUGCCAAUCUGGGCCAUGCUGCAAUCAAUGCCAUUUUAAAGCUUUUGGUGAAUUAUGUCGUCAAUCUAUCAACCAAUGUGACUUGCCAGAAUAUUGUAAUGGCCAAUCUGCAGCCUGUCCAGCUGAUGUUGUAAAGCAAUCUACUACACCUUGUGACAACAGUUCCGGGUAUUGUUAUCGUGGUAGUUGCUUAACAAUUAAUCGCCAAUGCAAGACAUUAUGGGGAUCAACUAGCUAUCCAGCUCUACCUAUAUGCUGGAAUACAUUAAAUAUUAGAGGUGAUAAUUACGGAUUUUGCAAGCAAAAUGGUAAUGAUUACAAGCCAUGUAAUCCAAUUGAUGUCUAUUGCGGUGCUUUACAAUGCAAUUCGUCAGCUGAUAAUCCUAAUGGCCAAAAUAUAGAAUGCAAAAGUGUGACGAUAAAUGAUGCAAACAGUAUAAAUAUGUUAAAUCAUGUAGCUAACGGGACCAAAUGCGGACAUGAUAAAAUCUGCAUUAAUCAUCAAUGCCUUGAUAUUAAUAAGUUAACGGAUAUAAUUCAGUGUUUACCAAGCAAUUGCUCUGGACAUGGGGUAAGUUUAACUAGCAAUCUUUCAUGCGUUGAUAUUAUUAUUAAUGAAAUGUUGAGAUCUUAA